CGUAAAAAAUACUUUGACCAAUCAGAAAUUCAAAGCCACGUGACUGCUGUACCAUCUCUCGACGAAGCACGCCAUUUUCAAGGAACAAUGUAUUCGUCAAUUUUUCAAUCGGCGAAAAACGGCUACUUUGUUAACCCGUUUCAUGCAAAAUGUGAAGCCGGUAACAACGAUAGUGAAGGAUUAAGUGUAAACCCAGCCAGAACUAUUCAAGCUGCAAGCACAGAGGAACACAGCUGUGAAUUUGGAUCAACAAAAUAUUUUGCAUUAUGUGCGUUCGGAGGCGUUUUAAGUUGUGGUAUUACACAUACAGCAGUUGUACCCUUGGACUUGGUAAAAUGUAGAAUUCAAGUAGAUGCUGCUAAAUACAAGAACAUCUUUCAUGGAUUUAAGCUAACGGUUGCAGAAGAAGGACUGCGAGCUUUAGGAAAGGGAUGGGCUCCAACAUUUAUUGGUUACUCCAUGCAGGGUCUUUGCAAAUUUGGUUUUUAUGAAGUUUUUAAAGACGUUUAUUCCAAACUCCUAGGGGAGGAAAAUACGUUUUUAUGGAGAACAUCAUUGUAUUUGGCAGCUAGUGCAUCAGCUGAAUUCUUUGCAGAUAUUGCACUCUGUCCUAUGGAAGCUAUUAAAGUAAGAAUUCAGACACAGCCAGGCUGGAGUAAUACACUGAGAGAAGGAUUCCCUAGAAUAUUGAAAGAUGAAGGCAUGACUGGGUUCUACAAAGGUUUGGUCCCAUUAUGGGCACGACAAAUCCCAUAUACCAUGAUGAAAUUUGCCUGUUUUGAAAGAACGGUAGAGGCUUUAUAUAAAUUUGUUGUACCUAAACCACGAUCCGAGUGCAGUAAAGGAGAACAAUUGGUAGUCACAUUUGCAGCUGGAUAUAUUGCUGGUGUAUUCUGUGCUAUUGUUUCACAUCCUGCUGAUACUAUUGUAUCUAAACUCAAUCAAGCCAAAGGAAGUAAUUUUAUAGAUGUUGCUAAAAGUUUGGGUCUUAUGGGAAUGUGGAAGGGUCUUGGACCUAGGAUUAUUAUGAUUGGUACAUUGACUGCAUUACAAUGGUUUAUCUAUGAUAGUGUAAAGGUAUUCUUUAGACUGCCACGUCCACCACCACCAGAGAUGCCUGAGUCCCUCAAGAGAAAACUAGGACUUCUACAGUGAUUAUAACAAAUUAUUAGAUAAUUAACUAUGAACUUUAAUUGUAGCAGAUGUGAUCUGUACACAAUUGUUUUGGUGAUAUUUUGUAUAUUAUCUGUUGGAUAUUUAUCGAUGAUAAAACACUAUAUGGCUCAUGUUCAGACUAUUUUGAGGUCUAAUUACUACUAGAAUAUUGUAAUUAUCAUAAUGACAAAAAUUCCAUUUCCGACACAUUUUCAGUUGUAAAUCUAAAUUAUUAGUUUCUUGGAUAAUAGUAUAUAGACUAUGUUUAUUGAGUGGAAACAAAUCGAGAGUGGAAAAUAAACAGUACAUCUUUUA